GCUGCGGUGGCCGGGCGGUGCCAGCCCGCAGGGUGACAGAGCGGUGGGGCGGCCGGGCAGCCGGGGGCGGAGGCAGAGCUCGCAGGCAGCAUGGCGGGGCUGCGGAUCAGGCGGGGCUCUGGGCUCAGGUUGCUGGCGCUGUCUGCGCUCGGAUUCUGCCUGAUGCUGCAAGUCAGUGCCAAGAGGCCCCCCAAAACGCCUCCCUGUCCGCCCAGCUGCUCUUGCACCAGGGACACGGCCUUCUGCGUGGACUCGAAGGCAGUGCCCAGGAACCUGCCCGCCGAGGUCAUCUCUCUGACGCUGGUGAACGCUGCCUUCUCGGAGAUCCAGGAUGGAGCAUUUUCCCACCUGCCACUGCUGCAGUUCCUGUUACUCAACUCCAACAAGUUUACGCUGAUCGGAGACAGCGCCUUCACAGGACUGUCACACCUGCAGUACCUCUUCAUUGAGAACAAUGACAUCUGGGCACUAUCCAAGUUUACUUUCCGAGGACUCAAGUCUUUAACACACCUCUCGCUGGCCAACAAUAACCUGCAGACACUGCCUAGAGACAUCUUUCGGCCCCUGGACAUCCUGAGUGACUUGGAUCUGCGGGGAAACUCGCUCAACUGUGACUGCAAGGUGAAGUGGCUGGUGGAGUGGCUGGCACACACCAACACCACGGUGGCCCCCAUCUAUUGCGCCAGCCCGCCCCGCUUCCAAGAGCACAAGGUGCAGGAUUUGCCACUGCGGGAGUUCGAUUGCAUCACCACAGAUUUUGUGCUGUACCAGACCCUGUCCUUUCCAGCGGUAUCAGCUGAACCCUUCCUUUACUCCAGCGACCUCUAUGUGGCUCUGGCCCAGCCAGGUGCCAGCGCUUGCACUAUCCUCAAGUGGGACUAUGUUGAACGGCAGCUUCGAGAUUAUGAUAGAAUCCCAGCCCCCUCAGCCGUGCACUGCAAGCCCAUGGUGGUGGACAGUCAGCUGUAUGUGGUGGUGGCCCAGCUGUUUGGUGGUUCUUACAUUUACCACUGGGACCCCAACACCACACGCUUCACCAAACUGCAGGACAUCGACCCCCAGCGUGUGCGCAAGCCCAAUGACCUGGAGGCCUUUCGCAUAGACGGUGACUGGUACUUCGCUGUGGCUGACAGCUCCAAGGCGGGUGCCACCAGCCUCUACCGCUGGCACCAGAACGGCUUCUACUCCCACCAGGCCUUGCACGCAUGGCACCGUGAUACCGACCUGGAGUUUGUGGACGGCGAGGGCAAGCCUCGGCUGAUUGUGUCGAGUAGCUCCCAGGCACCUGUCAUCUAUCAGUGGAGUCGCACCCAGAAGCAGUUUGUGGCCCAGGGUGAAGUGACUCAGGUGCCUGAUGCCCAGGCUGUGAAACACUUCCGGGCUGGACGCGACAGCUACCUGUGCCUCAGCCGAUACAUAGGGGACUCCAAGAUCCUGCGCUGGGAGGGCACCCGCUUCUCGGAGGUACAGGCCCUGCCCUCCCGGGGCUCCAUGGCGUUGCAGCCCUUUCUUGUGGGUGGCCGCCGCUACCUGGCUCUGGGCAGUGACUUCUCCUUCACCCAGAUUUACCAGUGGGAUGAGGGGCGGCAGAAGUUUGUGCGAUUCCAAGAGCUGGCUGUGCAGGCCCCUCGAGCCUUCUGCUACAUGCCUGCUGGGGACGCCCAGCUGCUCCUGGCCCCCAGCUUUAAGGGGCAGACGCUUGUGUACCGACACGUAGUCGUGGAUCUCAGUGCCUAGACGGGUGCCAAGGCCUCUGGAUUGGAGGCUGAGGGGAGCCUCUGUGCGAGCAGCGUGCAUGUACACACACUCCUGGUAAGCAUGGGCACCUCAUGGACUGGCCCCUGGAGCCACUCAUCAUAGUUGAAAUCAGCAUGAGAACUCUUUUAUGCACCAGGCAACCCAGUGCCCAAGGCCCUCCCAUCUGUGGAUACCCUUGGACCCCCACCCCACCUGCAGGCCCCUUCGAUCUGUUGCCUUCCACAAGCUCUGGCCUGAGGAGGGGAAGGAGUGCUGGGAGGGAGGGUCUUGAGCUUCUGACCCUCUGGUCUCUCCUGUUGGUGCUCCAGGUGUCUGUUUAACCUGCUCGUGCCCCACAUUGCAGCCACAACCACAUCCUUCCUACUGUGGGUACAUUCACCUACCGUCCGCUCCUCCUGCAUGUACAUACACCUGUCCACAUCCCUAUUUUCCUGUGCACAUGUGCAGACUCAAUGCUGCCAAAUGGGGCCCAUCUCCAUUACCUUGCCUCCCUUUUUGGAGAGGGCACACAGUUCUGUCCUCCUCUGCUCAUCCCUGGUGUCCACCCUGCAGUUGAUAAGGGUGGUAAUGGUGGUGCCCCUCUGGGCAUCAGCUUGAACUCCUGGGGGCAAAGUUCCUUUGCCCAAAGCAAUAACAAUAGCCCUAGCAGACCAUGACUUCUUCCCUCCCAGUACUGGCUCUUUUCUCACUGGAGCUUUCUUCUCUGAGUCUGUCACCAUGGACAGCAGAUUACCCAGACAAAAGCCUUCCUGCUUUUCUUUCCCGUGGCUGCCCCAGCCUCGGAGCCCUGCCCUGCCCCCGGUCCAGUUCCUCCUUUGGGAUGUGGACCCUGCGCCGUGCUAGCUCCUUUUGCUAGUUCCAAGAGCUGGCCAGGCCAGGGACCCUGCAAACACUUGCAUCAUCUGGGCGGGUUCCAGGAGUAGAGCCAGGCUGGAGAGCACCCUGGGGGCUCUGGCAUCCUUCCAGUCCACAGAUGCACACCCCAGGGGCACUGCCUUUCAGGGCAAACUGAGUGGUAGAGGUUUGAUGGCAGGGCCUGGGGAGUGACCUGGGAGCCAAUCUGCUGCUGCCCUCUGCUGUGUGCUGGGGCUAGACAGCUGUGAAGUACAAGGUGAGUGGAGAAGGCAUGGGGAAGGGAGGCUUUUCCCUACGCCCAGACUGUGUGAGGGGCUUCUGGUGGCAGGAUGUGGGGGUUGGGGGGCACUUGGGGGCAAUGCUAUAAUUUACUUGCUUCAAAUAAAAAGUUCCCAGCCCA